GCGGUUGGCGCCAGGCCUGCCGCUGCGGUCCUGUCCCUCGCUGGCGGCGGCCGGCCCGCCCGGGCUUCCGCUCUUCCCUCCCCAGAGGCUGGGACACCCCGCUGGGCCCCAUGAUGUCGGCCGCGGAGAGCGCGCUGUCCCGCUGGGGGCUGAGCUGCUGCCGGCCGGACACCUGCCUGCCGGAGGCCCCCGGUCGCGCGCUUGCCGCCGGCGCCGCCUCCUAGUGCCCGAUGGCGUCGUAUUUGGGUUUCGUUUUCACAAAUUUGCCUUUUUCUUCCAGAAAGAAUUUAAGUUUAUACAAAGAAUCAACUCAGUUGUGCUCUACAAAUUAAACCAUGGGUUUUCAAUGAAUGCAUCAUGUGGUUCAAGUCCUAUAGAAUGACUUUUGCUGGCUUGAAUACAAUGAAAAGUCACAAGUACCAUUGGGUGAGACUGUACAGUGCUUCUCGAGCCACCGUGGACAGCAGUGAGGUAAAAACGUUCCUGGCCCUGGCCCACAGGUGGUGGGAUGAUCAAGGGGUGUAUGCGCCUCUCCAUUCCAUGAAUGACCUGAGGGUGCCGUUUAUUAGAGACAAUCUUUUAAAAAUAGUCGCUAAUCACCAGCCAGGAACACCUUUGUCUGGGAUGAAGAUUCUUGAUGUUGGCUGUGGUGGCGGACUGUUAGCUGAACCUCUAGGGCGGCUUGGGGCUUCAGUUACUGGAAUCGAUCCUGUGGAUGAGAACAUUAAGACAGCACAGUGCCAUAAAUCAUUUGAUCCUGUCUUGGAGAAGAGAAUAGAGUACAGAGCAUGUUCCCUGGAAGAGAUUAUGGAAGAGACUGCAGAAACAUUCGAUGCUGUUGUAGCUUCUGAAGUUGUUGAGCAUGUGAUUGACCUGGAAACAUUUAUACAGUGCUGCUGUCACGUGUUAAAACCCGGUGGUUCUUUAUUCAUUACUACAAUCAACAAGACACAGCUGUCCUAUGCCUUGGGGAUCGUUUUUGCAGAGCAAAUUGCAGGUAUUGUACCGAAAGGUACUCACACGUGGGAGAAGUUUGUUUCACCUGAAAAGCUAGAGAGCAUUCUGGAAUCAAAUGGUCUGUCUGUUCGGACUGUGGCAGGGAUGCUCUACAAUCCCUUCUCAGGUUACUGGCACUGGAGUGAAAAUACUAGCCUUAACUAUGCAGCUCAUGCUGUGAAAUCCAGGGAACUGGACCACCCAGUGCCUGCUGAGUUUGUUUUAAAAGGGGAAACAGAAGAACUGCGAGCCGGAGCCUCCAUGAACCCAGGUGUGCGGGAAGAGCUGAAGAAAUGAAUUGUUUCUAACGACUGUAGUAAUGUGGCUUGAAAGUCUGAUGUUUACAGAUACAAAAAAUAUACAAUUUAUCUUUUGAGAUAGGAUCAUGAAGAAAAGAAAGUCAGUGAAAAAAAAGUUUUGCAGCUUAUUGUGUGAUCUAUAAGUUUAAGUUCCUCAGCCUUUGUUAUAUAAAUAGGGUUUGCAUAUUUCACUUCAUUUUGCAGAUUAUUUAUAUUUCCAAUAUGCAUGCAUAUACAUAUAUGAUGUAUGUUUUAAUUUAAAGCAAUAUGUAUCAUCUGUGUUCUUUAUUUGGUUUUAAAGGCAGUAUAUACUGCUUAUAUUUGGGAAGAUACAAUGUAUUUUUUCCUUUACAUUUUAGUUUGGAUGAAAGCAUAUGGAUUGUUAAAUAUAUGCUGGAUUUGGAUUCAAACAUUAAAAUCAGUAAGCUUAGUUCCAUAAA